AUGCAGUUGUCGCGCUCAAUUAGCCUCAUUCUCGCCCUAUGCGUAGGCGCAAUCGCAGCUACCUCUCCAGUUCGAACGGCCAACCUACCCAUCUCGGCCCUGACAAACGAGGUCGAUUCCGACCAGUCGGUCGUGUAUUACGGGGGAAGUCUGAAUAAUUCCUUGCUAAUCGGAAAUGACGGCGGCGCUGCAACGGGUGGAAUUCGCAGCUUCGGCUUCACACACAACCUAACCCUAACACAGACCGCGCACGUCAGACCAGGCCGAACAAAGGCCGUGGGUGUGCUGUACGAUAUCGAUGCCCGGGGAAAAGAUGUAAUUGUUUCAAUCGCUGCCCCGGACUCUUUCAUCCGGCUGUUCGAUGUAAACGGUAUGAGGGAGGUUCCUGUCCAGAAGAAAGCGCUUGGGGAUUGGUCGUGUCUGUGUACGUGGGGGGAUUACUUCUUUCUUUUUGGGAAGAAGGUCGCGAUGCAGUUCUUGGUUAGGGAGAGUCGCGGAAACGUGGAAAUACUCGAGAUUCAAACGUUUCCACUGCCCGUGGAACCGAGCUCUUGUGCUGUCGCGGAUCAAGACAAUACUGUCUAUUUUGCCGGAGAAGACGAGACGCUCUAUUCAUUUACAGCUGCGGAGUCCACAGCAAGCCCAGAUAUAGAAAUCAUCGGACAAGUCACCGACGAGAUAACAAGACUGGCUGUCUACAUAUCAGACGCAGACACCCACUCCAUCCUCGUAUCCCAAACAGACACGAUCGAAGUCUACACACCAGACCUGCAACUGAAAGGCUCUUUAUCAAUAACCGGAUCAGAAGACAUCGAAAUCUCCGGCCUAUCAAUCCACCAAGCCAAUUCAACACAAUACCCAUACGGCCUGCUAAGCUUCGCCAUCGAAUCAGACCUAGGAACCGGGUACGGCACUGCCUCGCUCGAGCCAGCAUUUCAACAACUUCCCUUGAAGCCAAAUACAUCAUAUACCCCUCGAAAAACACACUCACCCCAUCCAGCCCCAGCCCAGAAUGGCUUCACGAACACAAACGGGACACUCUCGUGUUUCGCCGGCUUCACCGGUCCACAAUGCAAGACACCCACCUGUGCUAACGCCUGCUCAUCAAACGGAUCCUGCAUCGGACCCAACGAAUGCCUCUGCACCCCCCCACGGGCCGGACCAGACUGUUCCUGGAUCGGCGUCUCAGCAACAUACGAAACCGCCGCGAACGGAGGCGACGGCGACGACCCCGCGAUCUGGAUUUCCCCAGCAAACGACAAAAAUAAAUCAACUAUCAUCACGACCACAAAGUCCGAGAUCGGGGCCGGGCUGGCUGUGUUUGACCUAAGGGGCAAUUUUCUCCAGACGGUUUCUGCGGCAGAGCCGAAUAAUGUUGAUGUUGUUUAUGGGGUUCAACUCGGGGAGAGGAUGGUGGAUCUGGCUUUUGCGGCGUGUCGGGGGGAUGAUACGCUUUGUUUCUUCGAAAUCACACCCACCGGCCACCUAAAGUCCAUCCGCGGCGGAAACCAGCCUACACCGGAAGACUUCACCGUCUACGGCUCAUGCACCUACCGCUCCCCAAAGUCCGGGAAGCAGUAUGUAUUCGUGAAUGAGAAGUCCGGCCGGUAUCUGCAGUACGAGCUCCAUGCUUCAGCUGGCAAUAACGGCACUGCACUAUCCACAACCCUAGUCCGGUCUUUCAUUGGCGGCUCCGGCGGACAGCCUGAGGGCUGUGUGGCGGAUGAAGAGAACGGGUGGUUGUUUGUUGGUGAAGAGGCGCUGGGUGUAUGGCGGUAUGAUGCUGAGCUAGGACCGGAACCAGACACAAAUAUAGAUGAAUCUGCGAAUGGGACUCUAAUCGCCAAAGUCGGCGACUCGCUGUACGCAGACGUCGAAGGUCUCUCUCUCCUGUACGGCAAGACACCCGAUCAAGGGCUGCUGGUUGUAUCGUGCCAGGGGGUGAGUGCGUUCUCGGUCUUGCGGCGGGCGACGCCGCAUGAGCAUGUCCUUACGUUUACGAUUGGGGAGUCUGAGGAUGGGGCUGUUGAUGGGGUGACGAAUACCGAUGGGGUGGCUGGGGUUGGGACGCGGCUGAAUGGGGAUUUCCCUGCGGGGUUGCUGGUUGUUCAUGAUGAUGCGAAUCAGCUGCAGGGGGGUGGGACGGCGGAGCUGGCGAGCUUUAAGCUGGUUAGUCUUGGGGAUGUGCUGGGGGCUGGGGAGGUGGGAGGCGAGGUUGAUACGGAGUGGGAUCCUAGGUUGGCAUCGUAUACUUAG